AUGUCUGCCAGCCAAACAGUGGGAGGAGUCUGUAUGAAGGAGGAGUCUGUGAGUGAGGACGGGUAUAGGUGAGGGAAAGUACUGUAUGUGUGUGUGUGUGUUAGGUGUGUGUGUGUUAGGUGUGUGUGUCUCCAUUAACUCUUGUGCGCCCAGCUGGGUUGGCUCUGUGUUAUUGGCCAGCUGUGUGGUGGCUCCUCCUGGUUAUUUUGAUUGGCUGUGAUUGGUGCCCUGACAGUCUGCCCUCAGGCUCCAGCUUUAUGAUGUUCUAAUGGUGCUUCUCUGGCUGAAGGGUGCACUCAUCACACACACACACACACACACACAUACUCCUCCCUCCAGUGUAAUAUCAACAUCGGGCUAGCAAACAUGACUCCAACAUACAUUCAACAUUCCCAACCUAUAACUCUUAUAUUGCCGCUGUUUCAUUCAAAGGUCUCCGUUGCCACACAUGGAGUGCUGUGCAGAAUGUUUACAUUAGUCUCUUAAACAACGCUGUGCAAUAUUUGAGUAGUGUUUAAACAACGUGUUUCCCUGCUGAUAGUGUUUGAAUGUGAUCUCAGAGGAAGAGUAGAAAGAGAGAGCGGAGAGAGAGAGGGCAGUGGAGGGAGUGAGAGAGAGAGAGGAACAGAAAGAGUAGAGAGGAAGAGGGAGAGAGAGAGAGCAAGAAUAGUGAGAGAGAGGAGGUAAGAAGAGAGAGAGAUAAGAAGAGACUACUCAGAAGAGAGAUACAAGAUAGUAGGCAGAGAGAGAGGGAUGAGCAGAGACGAGAGAGAUAGCUGCGUAGAGAGAGAUGCAGUGAGAGAUAGGGAGAUAUGAGAUAGAAACAGAGAAGAGAGAGCAGAUGAGAGAGAUAGAUGAGCGCAGAGAUAGAUAGCAUUAUAUCCAGAAGACUAUAGAGAUAGGUACAAUACAGAAGGAGGGGAGAGUCGAGGAGAGAGAGACGAGGUGAGAGAACGAGAUAGGAGAGAAUUGGUAGUGGAAAGAUAGCAGAAAGGCAGAUAUAGAGUAUAUCAGAUACUAGUGACGAGAGAGAGCGCAAGCAAUAUAAUCUCUCUUAUAUAUCGAAAGAUCAUUUAUCUAUAUAUUCUCUGAAAUUUCAAGUUAUAUGGAGGGUUCGAGAGAAACAUGAAAGAUUCUAUAUCCCAGAGAUAGAAGUUUGAGAGAAAAGAUCGAGAAGAGGAUCGAUAAGUGAAUUUUAGAGAGAAGCCAGUGAAGAGAGAGAGUCAGAGAGAGAAAGGCAAAGAGAGACACAAAGUGAGAACCGGGGUGAGGGAGGGGGCAAACCAGGAGGAUGACUUCAGUCUACGGUAAACAAAAGAAAGACAAAAAGCCAUAAGUCAUUCCCUGACCAAACACACUUUCCCGUUACAAUGUACUCCAGAUGUCUCCAGAUGUUUUCAAAUAAAAAUAUUGGGCGAAGUGCAAAUAUUUGUUCUUAGUUGAAACUUGGCAUAGUCAUAUACAGUGUGUGUGUGCUGUGUUUUUGUGUGUGUUUUUUUUGUUUUUGUUUUAGUAUCCUUCAAAAGGAUAGUAAAACAUGGACAAUUUGGGGGACAUUUUGCCGGUCCCCACAAUGAAAAGGCUAUUUUAGGCUUAGGGUUUAGGGUUAGAAGUUAAGGUUAGAUUAGGGGUUUGGGGUUAAGGUUAGGAUCAAGUUUAAGGUUAGGGUUAGGUUAAUGGUUAGGGUUAGGGUUAUGGGUUAGGGAAAUAGGAUUUUGAAUGGGAAUCAAUUGUUUGGUCCCCACAAGGAUAGUAAAAGAAACGUGUGUGUGUGUGUGUGCAUGCGUGCGUGUGUAUGUAUUUUUUGUGCAUUUAAUAUGCAUGUGUGUCUUAUUUAUGUGGGUGGUUUGUAGACUGGGAUACUCGCACUGUCUUUUUCUCCCUCUUUCUUCCUUUGUUGUGCUGAACUGUGAACUCCAGCUGGUUCUCAUUGCAGGAAGGCGUUGGAUGAGACUUGGGCCUGAGUCUGUGUCUGUGUCUUUGUGUCAGUCUGUCUGUACUCAGCCUUGGAGAUGCAUGUUUUGUAAAGCUACAGUGGUCUAGGCCUAUGAGAAGUUAGACAGUAAAUAUCAGAGGUUUGGGUGUAAAGGGGGAUGAAGUGUUGUCAAAGUUUCCUUCACUGCCCUCUGGCUGUAGUUUGGUCUGGCAGUGCCAGUGUGCCAACCUCUGAAUGCUGGGUCUGUGCUGACUGGGGUGAGUGGCAGGGCGCUGGGUGCAGGGGGUUGACACCCUGGCAGAGAGAAGCAAGCAGCAACACUGUGACCUCAAUCAGAUGAGAUUGAGAUUUCAAAGUCCUCUCCCUCCCUCUGCCCCGUCUUCAUCUUUUCUUCCUCUUCUAUUCUCCUCUCCUUUUCUGACACUUUCCCUCAAACUCUCUCAUUAUCCCUCCUUCUCUUUUACCCUCUCUGUUAUCUCUCUCUUCUCUGUUACCCUCUCUCCCUCUAUCUAUUUCUCUCUAUACUUCUCCUUCUCCCCUCUGUGGCCUCCUUGGCAGGAGCUCAGCCGUUAGAUCACAUGACCUCAUAGCAAGUCGAUUAGAUCAGCCCUGAAACUGGAGCACAACACCCAGAGCCCUGGACCCUCCCUGAACUGCCUCCCCCAGCCCUGGCCUCUCCCUGAACUGCCUCCCCCAGCCCUGGCCUUUCCCUGGACUGCCUCCCCCAGCCCUGGCCUUUCCCUGGACUGCCUCCCCCUGGCCCCUCCCUGAGCUGGGCUGGUCCCCCAUGUCCCCGGGGCCUGUGGCAGGGCGCUAAGCCCACUCCCCUGCUCCUCCACUGGGGGGCUAUCUGACACCAGCCGCGCCUCGCCCCCCUGCACCUGCUCCAGUGGGGGGGCGCCGGCCAGGUACCACGGUGCCGGCAUGCUGCCCAGAAACACCCCUCCAUCCUGCCAGCGAUGAGUAAAGCCACUUUGAACGCACCACGUAAACAGAUCCCAAUGUGCGUGUACACACACCCAACCUUACACACACUUUCACUUCCGCCGUGCCAUGCCUCACACAUGCUACCCAUCCCGUAAGGUGACAGAGCUCUGUGUGUGUGUGUGUGUGUGUGUGUGUGUGUGUGUGUGUGUGUGUGUGUGUGUGUGUGUGUGUGUGUGUGUGUGUGUGUCACAGACUUAUCUAAUAACAGUGUAUUUGACUCAGUAUAUAAACCUUGGCCUGUGUGUUUAAGGGGGGAGAACAGUUCUACAGGGCUGACAGAUUGCUUUGGAAGAGCUUUAUCUAGAUCAGCUGAUUAAACUUUCUGAUCAAACUUAUGGGAACACUUCAACACACCAACUAGACAAAUACUUAGUGAAAGCCAGGAGAAAUGAAUGCAGAAUCUUGGGGCGAGACCGCAGAGAUUCCCAAGAUGGUAAGAUAAUUUGAGAGGAUGUCUGUUCCGCUUUAAACGGGCUGUGUGAGAUUCUGAGAUGUUUCUCUUUUUGUGGUUCAGUUUUCAUACGAGAAACUCCCACAAAAAAGACUCAUUAGCAUUUUUAAACAGGAAUUGUUUUGAUAGUGUCAUGUUUCAUUAUGAAGACGUUGAAAUUACCAAUGCAAAACAGGAAUUCCGGCUGAAUGACCUAAUUAAGUGUGUGUGUGUGUGUGUGUGUGUGUGUGUGUGUGUGUGUGUGUGUGUGUGUGUGUGUGUGUGUGUGUGUGUGUGUGUGUGUGUGUGUGUGUGUGUGUGUGUGUGUGUGUGUGUGUGUGUGUGUGUGUGUGUGUGUGUGUGUGUGUUUACAUCCAGCAAUAAUUCCGAUGUUCAAAGCCCACAGGAUGAAAGGACCGUCUGGGCUUUGUGGGCUAAUCUACCUGUAAGCCUUUUUUUCUCUAAACAUUGAUGGAAAUGUGAUUAAACAAAUCUAAUAGAUAGAGCUCUGUAUAGAUAUUUAAUGAUGAUAAUAUGGAUUAAAUUACUAGGUUGUGAAGGAUAGGUGUGUGAAAACGCUACUCUCAUUCAUUUAUCUCUGUUAAAGUGUUGUCUACAGUGGCCCAUAGUGGCAUACACUUUAUUUCUUUAAAAAAGGGUUUGCCCCUCUGGGCCACCAUAGUUGUCUUUCUCGCUUUCAGAGCAGAGGUGUCAUUUCUUGUCAUUGUCGUUUCACCUCUAUGACAACACCCUCCCGCCCCUUCGCUGUCACGAGCGCACCCUUAACACAUACUGACCUCGCCCCCCUGUGUGUCUCUGUCUCCAUAGCAACAAGGAGCCCCAGACCCCGGAGAUGAAUAAGCUGCGUCAGAGCCUGCGCAGGAAGAAGCCCACAUACGUGCCGGAGGCCAGUAGACCCCACCAGUGGCAGGCAGACGAGGAGGCCGUACGCAAGGGCAAAUGCAACUUCCCCGUCAGGGUAAGACUGAGACCCCUGUCCUGGGACCUGGUCUUAAACUGACUCUUAACUAAACUUCAACCUAACUCUUAUCACUCUUAAUCUUUUGGUUCAAAAUGUUGAGGUAUAAGAUUAAAUUGGCAUACUAUCUGGGACAACAGGGAAGGAAGUUAUAUUUCGUCUUACAAAAAUCACACCUAACUCUAGCCUUAGAUCUAACUUAGUUCUGACUUUUACUCUUAUCCUAACUCUUAUCCUAAGUCCCAUGGCAGUGUGAUCAGUGGAACAGAACAGAACCUGACUGUAAUGAUUAUCCUAGUUCUAGUGAUGAGACUUGGCUGUCUCUAAGUCUUUCUGGAGGCCCAGGGAAUGGGGAGAGGUCAAUUCUACCUCCUCCCUGGUGAAACUGCUGCGUGAUUCUCUUCCUCUCCUUUGUCUGAGGGAUUUGCCUUUUUCUCCCCUAUUAAGGAUUAUACGACAGCGCUGAGUAAUCCAACUCUGGUUCCCCAAAAUCUCAGCUGCUGGCUGAUCCCGCCCUGGCAUACAUUCAGAAUGGGAUGUAAAUGUAAAACAUUUUAAAAAACAAGACUCGACAGAAGAAAGUUCAUUUGUAGUUCUAAACAUAUUUAGGGUACUCACUUUUUGUCUCUCCCAUGACGUUAUUCCUCUCUCCUACAGCAUCCAUCACAAUUACAUGCGCAUGGCAAAUUAUGCAAAUUAGGUGAUGACGUCAUUUAGCGAUUUCUAGCGACUUUUAGGACAGCCAAUAGCUACUUUCCUUACUGAGGAGUUGGCAACACUGCCCACUAAACAUCCAGCGCUACAGCACACCAUAAUUUCUAGCUAUCUAGUUACUUGGCUAGCUAGCACAAAAUGACAAGUUCGUAUUUCUUGAUACAACCAAAAAAACGAAAAAGUUGUAUAGAUAUAUUGACUUGUUGCUACCAGAGCCACUAAACAAAAUCAUCAGACAACGUUUAUUUAUUACCGUUUGCUCUGGUGGUGUUGCAUUUGGCUAGCAUGGCAAAUAACCACAGAGCUAGCAUAGAUAGAUAGAUGAAUUUCUCUCAUGACAGCCAACAAUAUAACUAAACUAAAUGUAACUAGCAUAGGAGUCCAAUGUUUGACGGCCACAUUGUUUAAAUCAAAAGUUAGCUAGCAGCAAUCAUUGACCCACAAUCAAGCCCUCUCUCCCCCCUCACCAAUCUGUCUCUCCUAGCUCUUCAUCUGCUUCCUUUAAAACAAAACGAUAUUUUACCCAAGUGUAUUGCCCACUUAGUUUCAAUUAAGAAACAUACUGUAGUUUUAAUGAACCGCUAGGUUGUGUUAGGCAUGUAUUAUCGACCUCGUGUUAUGAGACGUAGCUAGUGGUUUGUAGUAAAGCUAGCUGCUAGACUAUAAUAAAAAUGCUAGCGGUGACACUUUGUGGUGAUAAUGUUGAACUGCAUAUAAUUACACCAGGAUGAUACAUAAUUAAAUAAAAUUUACCUUAAAAUAUUCCUUCUGCACACCCUUAUGAUAGUGAUAUUUGCUAAUAAUGUCUCUCUCCUGUCUAUAUCAUCCUUAAGGCCUACCUUCAUUACAGCCCUGACAUUCUGAGUAUUAUUUGUAUUAGACACUAUUCAAUCAUCUCUUGUUUUGGAGUAAGAUCGUUGUCUAAACCCACUAACUAUUUACAUAGGUGUUCUUUGUAUGACUUUAUUUCAUAUCAUACAAAGAAGAAAGUUAAAUGAAUAUUGUCUAAUACAAAUAAUAUGCAGAAUGUCAGGGCUGGGCUGGAACAGAUCUCAAGGAGCGAGGUUGGCCAUGCAUGUUCUAGGUCUAUGCAUUGGUACUUUUAACAGUAUUUUUGUAGUCCUACAACCAAUUCUAACAGUAAACCAAUAGUAUAUAUAGCCCAUUGGAGAUAUACCCUUCAGUCUCUCCAGGACCUGGGACUUUCUUUGGGACCUUCAUUCGCAGACAGGGUUUAGCAGAUUUCACAGGUCUCUGUAUCUGAGGUUAGGAAACAUAGAAAUUAGAUCAGGACUUGUUUCAUUAUUCUCAAGUGAUAUAACAUUUGAUAUUUCGUUGCAAUUGUGUUUUUGUAUUGUCAUAGUUCUCUCUUUGGGACUGAAAAUCUGUUCAUUAGCUAACAAGCUUAGCUACUAGCUAGGUAGCUAACGUUGUUUUUAGCAGAUCACGCUAACGUUUGUGUCAUAAAAAUGUAUAUAUUGGAUGUCUAUCCUAUUUACAUGUAGCUCGCUAUCUAGCUAGCUAGCUGAAGUUACCUGGAAUAGAUGGUUAACUUGAUAAACAACUUGCCUGUGUGCUACACAUCAUCCCGGCGCCGCCACCACCUCCUGCUGCUAGCGUUACUAUCCAUGCAGGCAAUGCAGCCUGCUGCGAUGCUUCCUCGGGAAAUCUAUAAACAUUAAUUUAAUGUUAAGAUUAAACCCCGGUCGUCAGGACCAUCCCACCUGCAAAUACUAUGGUCAAAAUGCUAAUUUUAAACUUGAGAAAACAACUAGACCAGGGGUCGCCAACCUUUUUCUAGCAUGAGAGAUACUUAAAAAAAAUUAAACAUGUUGCGAGCUACUCAUAUUUUUAUAGCUUUCAAAUAGGCACAUUCUUCUCUUCUACUCUACCCUGCAACUCAUCCCCGGGUCCUUGGUGUACAAGAGAUGUCAUUAUAGCUGGUAAAAUAAUGGUUAAUAAACUGUAUCUGGCAUGACAAGCCCCAUAAAAUUGGUUUAUUUUUCCUGGUUUAGAAUUUAUUUCUUAUAGUUUUUUACUCUCAAUAGUACAAUUAUUCAUAGAGAAACAAUGAAAAUGGAUCUUCUGAGUCCAUGUCAAUGCUUAAAUCACAUCAGAAGACAAUUAUUGAAGUAAAAAAAUAUUGGAUUUUUCAGUGUAAUUCCCCUUUAAUUGUGUAUCUAGCAAGAGAGGAAUGAGUCGGCACAGAGUUUCUAAACCCAGAGGCGCAACAUCGCAAGGCUUACGGGAACGCUUGCGAAAUAGAUCAAACAGACCAAGCCAAGGUUUGGGGUUUGAGAAGUAAAUGAGAGAAGUGAAAAAAUCUUCCUGCUACUGUAGGCUGAACGAUAGAACAGCUAUUUCAAUGUUCAAAUGUUAUUGGAUGCAUUUUCUCCAUUGUUUUUUAUGGUAGGCCACUCUGUUAGGCCUACAUUAUGAUCAAAUAGCCACAGAAGCCUACUUGACCACUGUUAAAACAAACUUAAAGCGGGUACAGUGUUCACAGUAAAUGCCGGAAGUUGCACAAAAUCUUUACAAUGUUCGAGUUUGCGCUCAGCAGACCUGAAAUGUGCUCAGUGAUGAAAAUAUUUUGAGGGAACAUUGCCUCUCUCUCUCUCUCUCUCUCUCUCUCUCACUCUUUCUCUCUCUCCCCCUCUCUCUCUAGCUCUCUCAUUUUCUCUGUCCACAAUCACUCAGCCACACAUAACUCUAAAUGGGCUAAAUAAAGUGACUCAUGCUUUCAAAAGGCCUCUGUGGAAAGAUAGUAUACAAUCUACUGUAUUUGAGGCACCUUUUCGGUAUGUUUUUCACUCUGCUGGCUUGGCUCAGAGGAAUGGGUUUGUAUUUUACAAAAAAAGCUCUGGCAACCUAAUUGUCUCUCCAAGGGCCUCCGACGCGCCACAGGGAAUUCUGUGGGACUAGAAAUCUAAUCCCGUAAAAGGUCUCAAUCCUCCCUAAUUCAUCCUCAUUAUUAGCAGCUAACACAGUCUGGCGGCUCACUUUGGAAUGGAAUGACUUACACUAUUAAGUGAUAAUGUGAAUGCAGAUGAUAUUAACUAAAUUGCAUAGGGUACUUGGGCAUAUUUGUGUGUUCAUGCAGUUUGUAUAAAUCUUCAAAAUAGCCUUUGCAUCUCCCUCUGAGUUUUAAUGCGUCUCUCAUUCUCUCUCUCUUUCUGUCGUUGUUUCUGUCUCUCCAUCUCUCUCUCGUUGUUUCUCUCUCUCUUUAUCUCUCUCUCUCGCUCUCUCUCUCUCUCCAUCUCUAUAUGUAGUACCUGGGUCUGGUGGAGGUGGAGGAAUCCAGAGGGAUGCAUGUGUGUGAGGAGGCUGUGAAAAAGCUCAAAAUUGUAAGUAUCCCUCCACUCUAACCCCCUGCUACGCUCAAUCACACACACACGCAUGCACACACAUACACACACACGCACCGAUACCACUGCAGUCUCUUGCUCCCUCUCUUGAGAUUUUCUCUUGCUUUUUUCAUUUCACCUGUUUCGAUUUUUUCCUUCAAAUUCCCCCUGUUCCCUUACUCGCCUUAUCUCCAGAUCCAUAUCUCCUCUUCGGCCCUCUACCUACCUCUAUUUUGUCUUUAAACUCAGCCCAAUCCCACCCCAAGCAUCUGCAGUAAAUUCCUAAUCUAAGCCCUUUGCUCCUCCUGGCGGGGCUGAGCCCUCCUUAGACUCAGUAAUGAACUCAGCUACUCAGACCUGACCAUCACCGUACCACAGCUUUAGAACAGCCGCCCGCCGCUCGGCCCCCUGGGAAGGUAGGCUCGCCCAGGCCGUGCGAACAGUGUGACACAGAACAGGCUGGGUCACACAAGCACAAGCUGAUGCCCGGGCCAGUGCUGCUGAGAAGGCUGGUAUACUAGACAGGGUCUUGGGGAUAGGGUGGCAUGCAGUCAGAGUGGGGUCAGGAAGGAGGGGACAACCCCCUGUCAGCUCCCAGGCUCUCCUGCCCUUGGGGCUCUGUCUGUGGGGAAGGAAUUGGGAGAGCAGGCCUAGACCCAUGGAGAAGCCUGGAGACGGCUCCAGUGUUUCACUGUCUUGUUUGUUUUCCCAGCCUGACCCUUUUUCCCCCAUCGUCUUCCAUGGGCUUUGUCCACUGCUCAGCAGGGUAGUUGUGUGUGUGUGUGUGUGUGUGUGUGUGUGUGUGUGUGUGUGUGUGUGUGUGUGUGUGUGUGUGUGUGUGUGUGUGUGUGUGUGCAUUCUAGCGUGUGUAUCUCUUCUAUCCUUUAGCCUUUUUCCCUUCAUCAGCAGGUCUGCUGCACCCCUGUCGUCUCCUUUGUCACUUUUUUUUACCUAUUCAUACACUUAGUCCCCUCUCUCUCUUUCUCUCCCUUUCUUUCUCUCUCUCUCUCUUCUUAUCUCUCUCUCUAUCUCGGCUCUCUUCUCUCUACUAUCUCUGCUCGCUCUCGCUCUCUUCUCUCUCUCUCUCUCCUCUCUCUCUCUCCUCUCUCUUCAUUCUGCAGUAUAGUGAUUGGAUUUAAUGUCAGUCCUUUGGCUGGUAGUCAGGGAGCAACUCUUAGCUUCUCUCAGAGGCUCUCCUCCUCUUCCUCUCCCGCUACCUUCUCUCCAUCGCUUUACCUUAUUUUUCACACGAUUCCCUAUCUUUUGCAUCCUCCUACUCCUCUCCUCUGGUUCAUCUCUCUCCCUGCCUCAACUCUCUUCCUUCCCCUCUCCUUUACUCCCUUCGCUCUUUCUCUUUGGGAUUAUGCAAAAUACUGACGCUUUAUCGGUUUGCCACGCUUUUCAAAGUCAUUUCCUGCAGCGCUCUCAGUCUCCCUCGUCUCUCUCUCUCUCUCUCUCUCUCUCUCUCUCACACACACACACACACACACACACACACACACAUCUCAGCCCCUCAGUAGGAGUGCAGGAGUGCUGCUCUCCCAGCUACCCUCUUAUUAUGAUGGUAUUUUUAGCCUGGCCUUGUUCUGGUGCUGGUGCCCCCUGCUGAAUAGAUAGAGAGGCUUGUGGAGAGAGACAGCCAGCUGGCUCCCCUCUGUAGGAUACCCGCCUCUAUUUCUCUUUAUCUACUGCCUGCUACAGAGAAACAGAAGAACUGGGACAUAUAUUCCACUAUUGCCACUUGAGGACAAUGAAAACCCUUAGAUCUACUAUACAGCCAUAUGUUUUAGGCCUCUGGUGAUCUGACUGCACCAGCCCUGCAGCAUCAGUCAGAUAAGUUCACAACUGCCCUGUGGUGUGGUGUGAGUGUGUUGGAUGAGAGAGGAAACACCUUGGUGCUGCUACUGCCCCUAGUGUUGCAGCAGGGCUCAGUCCUAGCCCCAAGACCAGGCACCACUGAUAAUAGACGUGCCUCAGUGUGAGGACACUCUCUCUCUCUCUCUCUCUCUCUCUCUCUCUCUCUCUCUCUCUCUCGUCUCGCUCUCGCUCUCUAUCUCUCUCAUCUCUCUCUAUCCUCUCUCUCUCUCUCUCUCUCUCUCUCUCGCUCUCUCUCUCUCUCUCUCUAUCUCUCUCUCUCUCUCUUCUCUGUCUCUCUGUCUCUGUCUCUGUCUUGUCUCUGUCUCUGUCUCUGUCUCUGUCUCUGUCUCUGUCUCUCUCUCUCUCUCUCUCUCUCUCAAUUCAAUUCAAAUUGCUUUAUUGGCAUGACGUAACAAUGUACAUAUUACCAAAGCGUACUUUGGAAAUUAAGUGAUUAAUUUACAAUAUUAACAUGAUUAAAAUAAUAAUAAUCAAGAUUGUCAAUGGGACAAUCAGUGACAACAAUAACAAUAACAAUGGCAUAGAGGACAUGUGCAGGUUGGUUGGUCUGUCAGACACUGUCCCUCAUCUUAUGGCAGGCAGCAAUGUAGUGCGCUGCCAACCCACAGCUCUCUGCGUCCUCCCCCAACCGGACGGGUAGCCUAUUUUCAUCAGAGAGGUCUUUGAAACCUUGAAUAAGGGUUUCAGAUUUGGGGAAAUUACACUCUAAUUGUUUUGUACUGUAUUUUGUACAUUUUGUCAGGAAAUGCAGCUCUUUCUCGAGUUCUGCUGUGGUGCAGUGGCUGCACAGCCUUUCCUCUAUAGGGAGCCAGGUUUUCCUGUCUACCCUUCUCAAUGGUAAGGCAGUGCUCACUGAGCCUGUACUUUGUCAAGGUUUUUCAAUGGUUUUGAUCAGUAACCAUGGCCAAAUAGUUUGCUAUGGUGUACUAUCGAUUUAGGGUCAGAUAGCACUGCAUUUUGCUUUAUGCUUGUGUUUCCCAAUAGGUCAUGUAGUUUUGUUUUGACUGUGUUAUAAUUUGGUUUAUUCUGAUUGAUUGGAUGUUCUGGUCCUGAGGCUUCAGUGUGUUAGUAGAACAGGUUUGUGAACUCAGCCCCAGGACCAGCUGGAUGAGGGGACUCUUUUCUUUGCUCAGCUCUUGGCAUUGCAGAGCUUGGUAAUGAUAUGAGAGGAGGUCACUGUAUUUAAGAUGUUUCCAAAACUGAAUUGCUAUUUUUUGAGUUUUUAUUAUCAGUGGAUAUUGGCCUAAUUCUGCCCUGCAAUCAUUGUUUGUAGUUUUCCUCUGGACAUGUAGGGACCCCACACAUUCAAUUCGUUUUUUAAUGGUGUAGAAUGCCCUGUGUGCUUUCUCUCUCAGAUCAUUCACUGCCUCAUUUAGGUGUCCAGUUGAGCUUAUUUUGAAACCUAAGUAAUUGUGUGCAGUACUCUGUAUUUUGUACCAAUUGAAAACUUUGGUCUAAUUCCCUGAGAUCUGGAUAUUCUCUGAAAAAUCAUUAUUUGUGUAUUUUUGGAGUUUACUGCCAGGACCCAGGUCUGGCAGUAUUGCUCUAGCAGGUCCAGGCUCUGUGUGCUGUAGGUGACAGCAGCCACAGGUCAUCUGCGAAGAGCAGGCAUUUAACCUCUGAAUUGUGGAGACUUAGACCAGGGGCUGAGGAUUUUUUCUAGAGGAUUAGGUGGCCCAAUUCUUUGAUGUAAAUAUUGAAGAACGCGAGGCUGAUAUUGCAACCCUGUCGAAGGCCUCGCCCCUGGUUAAGGAAUUCUCGUAUUUUCUUGCUAAUUUUGAUACUACACGUAUUGCCAGUCAGGUUUAAUUAUGUAAUAUGUUUUACCCCCUACACCACUUUCAUUAACUUUGUAUAACAGUCCUAUAUGCCAAAACUAUAAUCCAAAAUGCUUUUUGGGGAAGUCAUAAAGGCAAGGCAUACAUUUAUUUUAUUUUUUUGGGGGGGGGGACAUGUUUAUUUAUCAAGGUGUUGUUGUAGGGUUGGAAAUAUGAUCAGUUCGUGCGCUGUUUUGGUUAUAAACAUCUCUAAUUUAGGACUUUUACCGAAAGACAAGGGGGCGGGAGGAAGGAAGCGGGAGAAAGGAAAGGGAGAAGAAGGAGAGAGGAGCGAGAGAGAGAAAGAGAGAGAGAGAGAGAGUAGAGAGAAAGAGAGAGAGAGAGAGAAGAGAAGAGAGGAAAGGAGAAGAGAGAGAGAGCUAGCGAGAGAAUAAUCAGGGAGCGGAAGCGGCGAUAAAGAGAGCGGAGAGAGAGAGAGAGAGAGAUCGUCUACCUAUCUCUCUUCCUCCUCUCUCGCUCUCUCUCUCUUUUCUCUCUUAUCUCUCUCGGGUCUACUCUCUCUCUCUCUCUCUCUCUCUCUUCUCUCUCUCUCUCUCUCUCCACAGAGUGGCAAGAAGACAGUGAAAGCAGUACUGUGGGUGUCGGCAGACGGUCUCAGAGUGGUGGAUGACAAAACCAAGGUAAGAGUGUGCCUGCAGGGCUGUUAGCAUAAACGUCUGUGCUAAUCAUACAUACAAACAUACACAGUCUGCUUCCAGAUGUAAACAGUGGCUAAAUAUGAAACAGCAGCCUGGGACCAUAGAUACCCCUGCUGGUGUGACAGAGCAAGUGUACAGAUGUAGGAUCUUAAUUUGAUCACUCUGAUGCAGGAUAACUUUCCUGCAGUGCAUGGCAUUUAAAACAAAUAGUGUAUUUGAGGUUUAAAAAGGCUUCUGAAGUUUUGUAAUUUCCACAUGGAAAUUUCAGACUUGAUUUUCCCUUAUGAAAAAUGUAUCAACCCCUACAAACAUUUCCAUUAAUUAUAAUCCACAUAAUAAUUCCAAUUUCCUGUUGCUGCAGGAUAAUUUUUCUGCCUUAGUAAAUUAUCUCAAAUUAAGAUCGUACAUCUGUAGUAGGAAAAGUUUGUUGGAAAGACAAAGAGAGAAAACUGCUCAGCAGGCGAGAAGCUGGCAGUCACCCAGGAGCCUGAGCACUCCCCCUCUACCCUCCCCCUACUCCCCCUUUUGUCUUUUACUCUCCCCCCUCUACCCUCCACCUUCUCCCCCCUUCGGCUGCUACUCUCCCCGCUCUCCUUACCCACCCUGCAGGUCUCUCUCUACCCCAGCCCUUUCCCAGGUCACCUGCCAUUCUCAGUCUGGGCUGAGAUUGAUGAUGUCACCCUUCAGGCUCAGAGCACAAGGACCGCACCGCGUGCCUGUCUCGAAGACUGUGUUUAUCCUCACAGGCCAGAUUGAGUUUACUUUAGACUGGACUGCUGAGUUUUCACACUUUACAUGUGUUACUGAUGGAUGCCAAAGGGGGCUUUGGGUAGGGGAGGGAGACACAGUACACACACACACAUAGCAUUUUAUUUUCAUUUGACACACACACACACAGAAACACACACACACACACCUCAGGACAGGACGCAAGGUGCCCCCUAUUGCCAAAUAAAAUAAGUAGACAAAUGGACCCUAUCCCCCCUCAGCAUCCCUCCACUUCCCCUCUUUCUUGUAAUCCCUUCUCUCCCUCACUCAGUCAGCACAGUCUCCUAAACCUGACCUCACCCUCCCCUCCCUCCCUCUCCUGGUCCUCUCCUGGUCAGCGUCAAAGAACACCCCCGCCACAGAAAAAGAAAGCCCCCUUUCCUUCCGCCUCCAUAUCUGACCCAUGUGACAUGACUCAGCACUGUGCCCCCUUUCAGUUUUUCAGUGACAUGCCUCUGAGUGAUCCUCCAUCCCCCACAACCCCCCACACACCCCUCGUUAUCCCCCACCCCUCGUUAUCCCCCUCACCACCACCCACCCCUAGGCAACCCAGCCCAGCCCAGCGCGCACGCACACACACACACACACACACACACACACACACACACACACACACACACACACACACACACACACAGACACAGACACAGACACACACACAGACACAUUUACAGACGUUCACUUCCACCACCAGCCUCUCUUCAUCUACUAAUUGUCUCUGAAUGAAAAGACUGUUAUUUAUUCCUUGCCCGCUUCAUUCAUCCCCUUCCUAUUCCCAGAAAGAAGAGUGGAAGGAAGUGUCUGGAUGAGUUUGUGAGCCCCAUUUUCCUUUCUUCCCUCUCAGCUCUUUCUUCCCUCUCAUUCCACUCUGACUCAAAGGGUGUUGAGGGCCCGGGGGCCACUAGUGGCAUCGGGCGGGGGGGUAAGAGAGGGGGCCCCUUCCUUACCCUAUAGUUCCCUAUAGUCACCAGCCGAGACUCCUGAACGAGCUUGAUACAGAUUCUGGAUCGAGAGAAUAACAAAGUGGUUGUCCGUAAACAAGAUCUAGUGCUUGAGAGUAACAAAGGUUGAUUCUCGGUAGAUUACAAUUCCUCACCAAAUAAUUACAUUUUAUAUUUUAGUGUGUGUGUUUUAAUCAUAUGCAUUCUCUAUAGGAUACUAUGUUAUGUGUGAUAUGUUUAAUUUAUGAUGUGGUCACAUCAGCCUUCUCUAAAAUGUAAUCUCUUUUUCUUUAGGACCUCAUCGUAGACCAGACCAUUGAGAAGGUGUCCUUCUGCGCGCCCGACCGCAAUUAUGACAAGGCCUUCUCCUACAUCUGCCGUGACGGCACCACACGCCGCUGGAUCUGCCACUGCUUCAUGGCCCUGAAGGACUCGGUGAGGGUGUGUGUGUGUGUGUGUGUGUGUGUGAGUGGGCCCAGGCCCAGCGACUAGAUUAAUCCAAUCCCCGCAUCGCUCGCCCAGGGAUUAAGAUAAGGAUUACGCUAGGGUUAUCUCAAUUGUUUCUUGGAGCGCUAUCCACUGUGACCUCCUGGCACUCGGAGCCACGUUUGCCCCAGGGUGAUAACCAUUUUUAUAGCAUGUCAAUGGAAUGAAAACAGAGUGCCAAGUCAUUCCUCACAGACAUGGUUUUGGUUUGAUAAAGCAUUUUCCAGUAGGGACAUUGACUGGCUUUAGGCUAUAUUCAGGCUUGUCAAUUGUGUAUUUUUCAGUAUUAGUGUCCAUUCACACAUAAUAGAGUUUUACACACACGCAAACAUACAUGCGCCCACGUACACACACACAUACCAAAAGGGUGUUGAGGAGGGUUGUUGACCGGGUGUGUUGCGGUCACCAGGGCGAGCGUAUGAGCCACGCCGUGGGCUGUGCCUUCGCCGCCUGUCUGGAGAGGAAGCAGCGCCGCGAGAAGGAGUGCGGCGUCACAGCCUCGUUUGACGCCAGCCGCACCUCCUUCGUGCGCGAGGGCUCGUUCCGCGUGACGUCAUCCAGCCAGCAGGAAGGGGGCGAGCGCGAUGACAUCAUGAAGCAGCUGCAGGACAAGAAGAAAGGUAUGACUCAUCAGGAGAAGGAGAGCAGACACAGACACACAGACAGAUACAUCUAUCACUCACAUUCUAAUGUAUCACUGGAAAGUUACUGGAAAGUACAGUGGGGAAAAAAAGUAUUUAGUCAGCCACCAAUUGUGCAAGUUCUCCCACUUAAAAAUAUGAGAGAGGCCUGUAAUUUUCAUCAUAGGUACACGUCAACUAUGACAGACAAAAUGAGAAAAAAAAAUCCAGAAAAUCACAUUGUAGGAUUUUUAAUGAAUUUAUUUGCAAAUUAUGGUGGAAAAUAAGUAUUUGGUCAAUAACAAAAGUUUCUCAAUACUUUGUUAUAUACCCUUUGUUGGCAAUGACACAGGUCAAACGUUUUCUGUAAGUCUUCACAAGGUUUUCACACACUGUUGCUGGUAUUUUGGCCCAUUCCUCCAUGCAGAUCUCCUCUAGAGCAGUGAUGUUUUGGGGCUGUUGCUGGGCAACACGGACUUUCAACUCCCUCCAAAGAUUUUCUAUGGGGUUGAGAUCUGGAGACUGGCUAGGCCACUCCAGGACCUUGAAAUGCUUCUUACGAAGCCACUCCUUCGUUGCCCGGGCGGUGUGUUUGGGAUCAUUGCCAUGCUGAAAGACCCAGCCACGUUUCAUCUUCAAUGCCCUUGCUGAUGGAAGGAGGUUUUCACUCAAAAUCUCACGAUACAUGGCCCCAUUCAUUCUUUCCUUUACACGGAUCAGUCGUCCUGGUCCCUUUGCAGAAAAACAGCCCCAAAGCAUGAUGUUUCCACCCCCAUGCUUCACAGUAGGUAUGGUGUUCUUUGGAUGCAACUCAGCAUUCUUUGUCCUCCAAACACGACGAGUUGAGUUUUUACCAAAAGGUUAUAUUUUGGUUUCAUCUGACCAUAUAUUGGCUGACUAAAUACUUUUUUUCCCCACUGUAAGUCAAAUGUGGCCUAUGUUAUAGAGCUAACAGGAACAGGAGGAUUCACUCACUGUUGAUGGUUGUUGAUAUUCUCCUCAAUCACUCGGAAGUGUAACAACACAUCUACUGUAUGUUGGCUAAUAGGAACCUUUAUCAGUGUUAUUGGCUGUAGUGGUUACUGGUUGUAGUCCAACAUUAACCCUGGUCAUUGUAGUCCAACAUUAACCCUGGUCAUUGUAGUCCAACAAUAACCCUGGACAUUGUAGUCCAACAUUAACCUUGGUCAUUGUAGUCCAACAUUAACCCUGGACAUUAUAGUCUAACAUUAACCCUGGUCAUUGUAGUCCAACAUUAACCCUGGUCAUUGUAGUCCAACAUUAACCCUGGUCAUUGUAGUCCAACAUUAACCCUGGUCAUAACCCUGGUCGUUGUAGUCCAACAUUAACCAUAGCCAUUGUACUCUGUCUGUCUCCAGAGCCCCCGUGUACCAUCCCAGCCAUCCCCCCUGGCACCUCCUCACCCCCUGAGGGCGCGGCCUCGCCUGUGGGGCAGGGGGUGGAGCACGCCAUCCCGCGGCGCCAUGCGCCCAUUGAGCAGCUGGUGCGACAGGGCUCCUUCCGGGGAUUCCCGGCCCUCAGCGGGAAGAACUCGCCGUUCAAGAGGCAGCUCUCGCUGCGCCUCAACGACCUGCCUUCCAACCUGCAGCGCAAGACCGCUGACUUCCAGAGCAAGAACCCAGGUUAGCCUCACCUGUUUAUGUUAGCUUAGCUAAGUCUCUGCAUUCUACGACCUAGGACAAAGAGUGUUUAGCCUCACCAGUCUAGGACAACAUAGUCCUGCAAUACCACCCUUCCAUGUUGUGUUCAUCACUCGGAGGAAGCCUGGAAAUCAAGGCUAAUGUCAACCAGAGCCUGGAGUUUUCCUGCCUUUAUGACCUGACCAAGGAUAACUCAGGGCUUUUUCCUGGUCAGAUCAUGGGUAAGGAAAAACUGAAACCUUAUGACAAUGUAUGGUGGUGUUUAUAAUUGUACCAAAGUAGUAUUUGACCGGGAACAAGUGAAGCCAGAGAUUGAUUGAUUGGGGUCAUAAUAGCAGUGAAGUUGAUCAUUAGUGUGUUAUUAAGGCUGUUGUUGAUUGCUGUGGCUGAUUGCUGAGUCCAUGUAAUGGUUAUUUUGAAUAAGUAUAAUAAUUAGGAUUCCCAGCACGGCUUUGUUCCUGCUGUAGUGAGGUAGAUUAAACCUCUCAGUUAUGUUGAUUAUAGUUAUUAUGAGAUGGGAGGCUGAUGGUGGCAGACCUCAGCUUUUAAUAAUUAAUAAACACACAUUUCACCUCUGAUGGUUGCAGCACAAUUGUGCCUGACAUUUAUUUACAUUCAUGUAUGUAGCAGUAGUAGCAUAGUGUACAGAGAUUCUCUCUUUCGUAUAGGAUCUGUCCCUAUUUGAAUCCCACGCAUGCAUAGAAGACACCCACACACGCACUUAGCUAGCAAUAGAAGCCACACAAGCAUGAACACACGCAAGCACAGGACACAUGUACACACACCCACACACACAGUAGCAGCUAAUUUCACUGCCUCCCAGUAGUCCCCCAGCUUUCUCAGUGAACAAUGUGUCUAUGAUCCAGGGUUGUAUCAGCAGUCUCCACUAGACCAGUCCCUCCAUAUCCCCUUAAAGCUGUCAUGUCCACAGAGACAGCCCCCAGCCAGCUCCUCUCACGGCCAUAGAUCCAUGGAUUGUAGUAAACACACACACACACACACACACAAUGAUGCACACACUCACACACAUGCACGCAGGCAUACACACAUACACACAGUACACUACUACACAGAGAAACCCCACAGCUGCUCCCGUCCUCUCUGAACCCUAUAGUUCAAUGAAAUGUUCAGAAAGAGAGACCUUACAAGGCAGGCCUGUCAUGAACAAAGCAGCAGGGCCUGGCUCUCUAGACAGAAAGACACUCCACAUCUGCACCUGGAGUAGUUAUUCUAAGCAGGGCCAUAUUCAUUAGGCACCAAACAGAAGAAAACUAAUUGAAACAGGGUGUGACUACAUAAACUUGUCCAAUAUGAAAUGCCCAUUUUCGUUGCAAAAGGUUUUGCUACGGUGUGCCCUAAUGAAUAGGACCCGACAGAGAGACACUGCAGCAGCAGCUCCAUAGGGAUUACAUCCACCACUGACCCCUCUGGUUCUGAUUGGCCCCACAGCUCUCUCUGCUCUCCACAGGCUUUGCUUUCUCUCUGUCAGGGACAGGUCACUGAUAGGGGAAUUACACAAAUUAUUAGCUAUUUUUAUCUACUGGCUAUAGGUUGAGAGGUUUUCCCUCUGUUUUCUACACUAAGGAUUUAGCCUAUAGAGAACAGACUGGUCAGGUGUGUUACAGAGGAACUUUUAUUAAGUACAAACGAUUAUGUAGACCUUUAUAAGUGUAUGUUUGGCCCAAGACUUUAAUCUUGCCAUCAAAUCAUCAAAAGGAAAGCAAAUCCUCAAUCCUUCUCCCCCUCUUUAGUCCCAGAGAUGGAUCUGUCAGUGUGUGGAGAGGCAGAUAGCAGCAUCAACGCUCUGUGCAGCCAGAUCAACUAUUCCUUCACCAAGCCCUCUGAGGAACUCUUCUCCAACCCCACCCCCAAUGGCCUGCCAGCCUGCACUGUGCCCCCAGCGAUCCCCCCUCCAGCCGCCCCCCUGCAAGGUAACUCAUUGACUAUCAUUCUCUCUCUAUGAGCUCUAGUCUAGCUUAACAUGUAGUUAACAGCUCAACUCCAACUUUGUAUUUGUAAUGUAUUUGUAAUGUGUUUUUAUUUGUGUUAGUGUUUUUAUUUUUUUAUUUUUUUACCUUUAUUUAACCAGGUAAGCCAGUUGAGAACAAGUUCUCAUUUACAACUGCGACCUGGCCAAGAUAAAGCAAAGCAGUGCGAUAAAAACAACAACACAGAGUUACAUAUGGGGUAAAACAAAACAUAAAGUCAAAAAUACAACAGAAAAUAUAUAUACAGUGUGUGCAAAUGUAGCAAGUUAUGGAGGUAAGGCAAUAAAUAGGCCAUAGUGCAAAAUAAUUACAAUUAGUAUUAACACUGGAAUGAUAGAUGUGCAAGAGAUGAUGUGCUGCAAAUAAGCAAAAUAAAUAACAAUAUGGGGAUGAGGUAGUUGGGUGGGCUAAUUUCAGAUGGGCUGUGUACAGGUGCAGUGACCGGUAAGGUGCUCUGACAACUGAUGCUUAAAGUUAGUGAGGGAGAUAAGAGUCUCCAGCUUCAAAGGUUUUUGCAGUUCGUUCCAGUCAUUGGCAGCAGAGAACUGGAAGGAAUGGUGGCCAAAGGAGGUGUUGGCUUUGGGGAUGACCAGUGAGAUAUACCUGCUGGAGCACAUACUACGGGUGGGUGUUGCUAUGGUGACCAAUGAGCUAAAAUACAGUGAGGGAAAAAAGUAUUUGAUCCCCUGCUGAUUUUGUACGUUUGCCCACCGACAAAGACAUGAUCAGUCUAUAAUUUUAAUGGUAGGUUUAUUUGAACAGUGAGAGACAGAAUAAAAAAAUCCAGAAAAAUGCAUGCCAAAAGUUUUAUAAAUUUAUUUGCAUUUUAAUGAGGGAAAUAAGUAUUUGACCCCUCUGCAAAACAUGACUUAGUACUUGGUGGCAAAACCCUUGUUGGCAAUAACAGAGGUCAGACGUUUCUUGUAGUUGGCCACCAGGUUUGCACACAUCUCAGGAGGGAUUUUGUCCCACUCCUCUUUGCAGAUCUUCUCCAAGUCAUUAAGGUUUCGAGCCUGACGUUUGGCAACUCGAACCUUCAGCUCCCUCCACAGAUUUUCUAUGGGAUUAAGGUCUGGAGACUGGCUAGGCCACUCCAGGACCUUAAUGUGCUUCUUCUUGAGCCACUCCUUUGUUGCCUUGGCCAUGUGUUUUGGGUCAUUGUCAUGCUGGAACACCCAUCCAUGACCCAUUUUCAAUGCCCUGGCUGAGGGAAGGAGGUUCUCACCCAAGAUUUGACGGUACAUGGCGCCGUCCAUCGUCCCUUUGAUGCGGUGAAGUUGUCCUGUCCCCUUAGCAGAAAAACACCCCCAAAGCAUAAUGUUUCCACCUCCAUGUUUGACGGUGGGGAUGGUGUUCUUGGGGUCCUAGGCAGCAUUCCUCCUCCUCCAAACACGGCGAGUUGAGUUGAUGCCAAAGAGCUCCAUUUUGGUUUCAUCUGACCACAACACUUUCACCCAGUUCUCCUCUGAAUCAUUCAGAUGUUCAUUGGCAAACUUCAGACGGGCCUGUAUAUGUGCUUUCUUGAGCAGGGGGACCUUGCGGGCGCUGCAGAAUUUCAGUCCUUCACGGCGUAGUGUGUUACCAAUUGUUUUCUUGGUGACUAUGGUCCCAGCUGCCUUGAGAUCAUUGACAAGAUCCUCCUGUGUAGUUCUGAGCUGAUUCUUCACCAUUUACAUUUACAUUUUAGUCAUUUAGCAGACGCUCUUAUCCAGAGUGCAUACAUUAUUUUUACAUACUGGCCCCCCGUGGGAAUCAAACCCACAACCCUGGCGUUGCAAACGCCAUGCUCUACCAACUGAGCUACAUCCCUGCCGGCCAUUCCCUCCCCUACCCUGGACGACUUGUGCGCCGCCCCAUGGGUCUCCCGGUCGCGGCCGGCUACAACAGAGCCUGGAUUCGAACCAGGAUCUCUAGUGGCACAGCUAGCACUGCGAUGCAGUGCCUUAGACCACUGUGCCACCGUUCUCAUGAUCAUUGCAACUCCACGAGGUGAGAUCUUGCAUGGAGCCCCAGGCCGAGGGAGAUUGACAGUUAUUUUGUGUUUCUUCCAUUUGCGAAUCAUCGCACCAACUGUUGUCACCUUCUCACCAAGCUGCUUGGAGAUGGUCUUGUAGCCCAUUCCAGCCUUGUGUAGGUCUACAAUCUUGUCCCUGACAUCCUUGGAGAGCUCUUUGGUCUUGGCCAUGGUGGAGAGUUUGGAAUCUGAUUGAUUGAUUGCUUCUGUGGACAGGUGUCUUUUUAUACAGGUAACAAGCUGAGAUUAGGAGCACUCCCUUUAAGAGUGUGCUCCUAAUCUCAGCUCGUUACCUGUAUAAAAGACACCUGGGAGCCAGAAAUCUUUCUGAUUGAGAGGGGGUCAAAUACUUAUUUCCCUCAUUAAAAUGCAAAUCAAUUUAAAACAUUUUUGACAUGCGUUUUUCUGGAUUUUUUUGUUGUUAUUCUGUCUCUCACUGUUCAAAUAAACCUACCAUUAAAAUUAUAGACUGAUCAUUUCUUUGUCAGUGGGCAAACGUACAAAAUAAGCAGGGGAUCAAAUACUUUUUUCCCUCACUGUAAGGCGGGGAUUUGCCUAGCAGUGAUUUAUAGAUGGCCUGGAGCCAGUGGGUUUGACAGAGUUGACAGAGUUUAUAAUGCUGAUUUGCUUCUAAUGCUUGUAAGGCUGAUUUGCCUGAAAAGUGAAAGUUAUUUGUGUGUAUCUCUAGGCCGGGAUUCAAUCUGUGGUGUGCUACAGUGCCUAUACAGCAUUUUCCCCUAUGUUUGUGGAGAUCACAUGCAUGGUAAACGCUGCACAUGUUGGCUCAAACUUCAAAAGUUUGUUAUAUAUAGUGCGCCUUGCACUGAAUCCUGGCCCUAAUCAGAAAAGGCUACCGAAUAGUGUGUGUGUGUGUCCUCUGUGCUUGACAUGGUAAAGUAGUAGAGAGAUCCAUGUGAUUGAUGUGUUGUUCUCUGCUUCUCUCCCACAGCCACGUCCUCCUGGGUGCAAGCGGAGCCCCUGGUCCAGUCCCCUCUGCCGGUGGUCCAUAGCGGGCACAGGAGGACACCCUCAGAGGCUGAGCGCUGGCUGGAGGAGGUGGCCAAGGCCGUCAAGGCCCAGCAACAGACCCCCACCCUGCCCCCGCCACCCAUCCAGCUCACCCCUGCCAUUCCAGGUCCACCCAUGUCAAGCACAGCGAUGUCUGUGCCACCUAUGUCAGGUGUGCCCCUAUUGGGGGCAUCCAUGCCGGGGGCAACCAUGCCCACUUCCAUGCAGCCCUUUCCCUUGGCAUUUGAUGCCACUCCCGCGCCCGUGGGCAUGUAUGCCCAGCCACCCCUGCAGCCAGCGUUUGUACCCAUGCAGGCCUACAUGCCCGCCCUGGCCAACAGCAUGACGUACUCCAACGCCAGUGUGCCUGUGGUGGGCAUCACGCCUUCCCAGAUGGUGGCUAAUGUCUUCUGCACGGCAGGUGGCUCUACCAGCGGGACUUCCAUGGGCGUGGGCACAGGGCCCAAAAUGGGCAUGCUCAGUGGCGGGCACCGCCACUCUUUCUCCGGCCAGCCGGGCGGGUUCCCUAUGCCACCCUUCGGAGCUCAUCCCACCGUCAACGGCCUCCCCCACAACAUUCCCACCUCCUCCCUCGCCACCAUCACGCAGAACGGCACUAGCAGCAACGGCGGCAGCAGCACUAGCAGCAGCUGGCCACCGGAGGGCGCACAGCAGGCCAACCCGCCCCCAGCCAAUGCCCAGGAGGUUGAUCGCUUCGAGGCAAAGUGGGCCGCGCUGGAGACCAAAUCGCAACCCAGGGAGGCGCCCAACCCCUUCUCCAAUGACUUGCAAAAUACCUUUGAGAUCGAGCUUAAACUCGGUAUUAACCCAGGUCAGGCCACUGCAUAG